GCCCUCUCCUGUCUCCCCCCACUAGCUCUAAUUUCUCUGACGGUAACCAUUCGGAGACUGAGAUAGAGAGACUGACAAUCUCCUUUGCAGCUCAGUUCUGUGUUUAUAAAGAUAGGUCUCUUUCGCUGAAUCGUCUUGAUUCCUGGCUUAUCAGUUGUCAGGUUCUGGUUGCGGUGGAUAGAUGUCUACUCUCAAUAAAGAGCUUGUCUUCUUAAUUUUGCAGUUCCUCGAUGAGGAAGGUUUAAAAGGAGCUGCUCACAUGCUUGAGAAUGAAACUGGGCUUUACUUCAACAUGGAAUUUUUUGAGGAGAUGUUACUUAAUGGUCAUUGGGAUGAGGCUGAGAAGUAUCUCGCCGGGUUCACCAAGUUAGAUGACAAUAGAUACUCAACCAAGAUCUUUUUUGAGAUCCGGAAGCAGAAGUUCCUUGAGCAAUUGGACAAGAAUGAACGCGCCAAGGCUUUAGACAUCCUUAUGAAGGAUUUGAAAGUCUUUGCCCCGGAUAAUGAGGUCCUCUUCAAGGAAAUGACUCAACUUUUGACAUUAAAUGAUAUAAGGGAAAAUGACUCACUCUCCUUGUAUGGAGAUACAGAAUCUGCAAGGAAAAUCUUGACACUUGAGGUUAAGAAAGUUAUAGAGGCGAACCCUCUUUUACAUGACAAGUUGAAAUUUCCCAGCAUUAGAAGUCAGAGAUUACGCCGUCUCAUAAAUCAAGGCCUGAACUGGCAGCAUAUACAUUGUACACAUCCUCAGCCAAAUCCUAAUAUAAGUACUCUUUUUGUGGAUCAUGUUUGUCUACCACCAGAGGAUCAGUUACUUUCAACAUCAAGUGAUAACAAUCUAGUGACCACAUCAAUGACAGCUCCAAAAUCCCCAGCCAGUUCAAUAUCUACCCCAUCAACUGUCUCUCAUUCUGAAAUUUGGAGUGGAACCAUCUGUCUUGGUGGUUCAACAAACCUAGAUGGUUUGAAGACUAAUGGUGUAUCUGAAUAUUUUCCUUCUGAGACCUCUAAUGAGGAAACAUCAGCUGUCUCACAUCCUGGUGAAAGCUUUCUUGACAAUGCCAAUGAUUUCUCAUCUACCAUUCAUCCUGAUCAAAGUAUUCUCAGAAUUCUUGAUGACUUGCCCGAGAGUCCUCAGAAAAACAAUUCAUUUGAAAGUCACAGACAGAUAAGCAACACUGACUUGCCCAAGAAUGUUGCAAGAAUAUUGACCGAGGCGUCAUCUCCAAUGAGCAUGGACUUUCAUCCUGUUAAACAGACUAUUCUUCUAGUUGGAACUAAUAUGGGAGAUAUAGGACUGUGGAAAGUUAGUUCUGGGGAGAAGUUGCUUUCGAGGAAUUUUAAGGUUUGGGAUAUUGGAGCAUGCUCAAUGAAAUUCAAGACAGCUUUUCUUAAGGAUCCAUGUGUUUCUGUUAAUUGUAUUGCUUGGAGCCCUGAAGGUUCUUUGUUCGGUGCUGCAUAUUCAAAACACAUAGUUCAAUUAUAUUCUUAUGCUGGUCUGUAUGAUGUUCAGCAGCAAAUGGAGAUUGAUGCUCAUGUUGGUGGUGUAAAUGAUCUAGCAUUCUCUGCCGUCGCCAACAAACUUUUGGUCAUAACAUGUGGUGAUGAUAAGAUGAUCAAGGUAUGGGAUGUGACUACUGGUGUCAGAAUGUAUAGCUUUGAAGGUCAUGAUUCUGCUGUUUAUUCUAUCUGCCCUCAUAGCAAGGAAAACAUCCAUUUUAUCUUUUCAACAUCAGUGGAUGGCCAUAUAAAAGCAUGGCUAUAUGAUAAUUGUGGAGCCAGAGUUGAUAUUGAUGCUCCUGGUCUGGGGUGUACAUCACUGGCAUAUAAUGCUGAUGAUAGAAGGCUUUUCUCUUGUGGGACCAAUAAAUGUGGAGAGUCAUUUCUUGUUGAAUGGAAUGAAAGUGAAGGUACAAUAAAGAGGGUCUACAGUGGAUUGCAGAAGAAUUCUUUGGCUGUAGUGCAGUUUGAUAUAAUGAAGAAUCAAUUCUUGGCUGCUGGUGAUGAGCAUGUAAUUAAGAUUUGGGAUAUGGACAAGGUUGAUCUUUUCUCAACUAUUGAUGCAGAUGGAGGAUUACCGGAAAAUCCAUGUAUUCGGUUCAACAAAGAUGGCACAUUGUUGGCUGUUUUUGCAAAUGAAAACAGAAUCAAGAUUUUGGCUACUGAUAGGGGUCUUCAGCUGCAACCCAUAUCUGAAAACUGCUCAGUUGAUGCCUCUAGAGUUCUCUCUGAUACUUUUAUGAAGCUUGCCAUUCACACACCUUCAACUGUUUCUUGUGCUGGAAUUGCUGAUGAAGCACUGACGAAUUGGGAAUCAAAGGGCUUGGAGGCUGUGAAAUGUGAAUUUACUGGGAAAGCUGAUAGGAAACUCUUUGAAAUAAACAAGCCUUCUCAGUGUCGGACCUUGUGGCUCCCUUCCUCGUAUGUAAAAGCAAACAAGAUAUCAAAAUUGGUUUACAACAAUGCAGGCGAUGCCAUUUUGGCAUUGGUAUCAAAUGGUAUUCAUCUAUUCUGGAAAUGGCAACUUACUGACCUUAAUGCAAGUGGCAAGGCAACUACAGAAGUUCUCCCUCAACAAUGGCAACCAAAAUGUGGCUCAAGACUGAUGAUAAAUGACCUUACAGGCACCAAGUAUGAAGAAACUCUUCCUUGUUUUGCUUUGUCCAAGAAUGAUUCCUAUCUCAUGUCAGCAUCAGGAGGAAAAAUAUCCCUGUUCAACUUAAUGUCGUUCAAGAAAAUGCUGUGCAUCAUGCCUCCACCACCUGCCACAACUAGCCUUGCUUUUCUCCCUCAAGAUAACAAUAUAGUUGCUAUAGGGAGGGAUGACUCGACAAUUUUAAUAUAUAAUGUUCGUCUAGCUAAGGUUAUUCAUAAGCUUGAGGGUCAUUCCAAGAGAGUAUCUAGCGUUGCCUUUUCUGAAGCCUUGAAUGUGCUUGUUUCUUCUGGAGCAGAUUCCCAGAUUUUAGUGUGGAACAUUGAAGGGUGGGAAAAACACAGAAGCAGAUUCUUAGAGAUUCCUGACAAGAAAAAGCCUGUGGCACUAUUGGACACCCACAUCCAGUUUCAUCAGGAUCAAACACAAUUCCUUGCUGUAAAUGAGAGGCAUCUCACAAUUUAUGAAGCCAGAAAUUUAGAAUGUUUAAAGGAGUGGGGACGAGGAGAUCUUGCACCAAUCUCCCAAGCAACCUUCUCAUGUGAUAGCCAAAUGGUAUAUGCCAGCUUUAUGGAUGGAAGUGUGUCGAUAUUUGGUGCUUCGCAUCUUCAAUUACUUUGUCGAAUUACUUCCACUGCCUACCUUCCUGUUGGUUCACGUGAUGAUGCUUAUCCACUAGUUAUUGCUGCACAUCCACAGAAACCAAAUCAAUUUACAGUGGGGCUAUCAAAUGGUGGGGUGAUUGUAUUCGAGCCUCUAAAUCCUACUGGCAAGUGGAGUACGUUCCCGCCUUUUGAAGAUGGGUCAGCAGGUGCCAUGUCUGUCGAAUCUGAUAAUGAUGAUUGCGGUUCCUCACAGCCUGAUUUCAAUGAUUUCAGAGUUCGAUCAAACUAAACAUUUUACACAGGAAGGACGAAUUGGACAAUACUUCCUUGGCUGAAAUGUAUAUGCCUACUUAUAAAUAAAAAAUAUUUAUGUGCUUGUGCUUCCUAUGCUUUUUGGUGGCAUAGACCUUACUCGGUUGCUAAUAAGAGCCGCGUCGUUGUUAGAGGAAAUCGUAAUUUCCUCUUGUUCUGGCUGAUCUAA